GUCGAUUGUUUUCAGAUCUCAUCAUCAUCAUGGCUGGUCCAGCCUUGAGUGAGGAUAUUCAAACGAUAAGUUUUCAUAAUCUACGGCCUCUUUACUUACAUGGAACAAUUGGCCCAUUUUGUAUAUUGUAUUUGUUAUGGUUCUACUGCUGGACAGUAAUUUAUGGCGUUGAGAACUAUUUUGAAGCCGGCUUGAUUGCGCUUGUCGGCAUUGCCUUGUUGCAGAUUUUAGCGAUGCUGUUUUGUGUAUGGUCUGUAGAUUUACGUUGUUGGAUGACAUGUUCAAAGGUUAAACAUCCAGAUGGUGCAGAAUGGUUAAAAGUUACACCAACACCAAAUAAUGGGUCAACUGAGUUUGUCAAACUGCACAGAGAAAAGGGUGAUGGAAAACAUCCAGAUCUAUGGUUUGUAUAUCAAAAGACUCGCUAUGUAUAUGACCGAGAGGAGAAAAAACAGUUUGUUUCUGCCCAGUUUCCAGUGAAUUUAUCUGUCAAUGAAUAUAUGGAUUGGAAGGGCUACCAAGAGGAAGAAGAGUUAAAACAAGCAGAGAAGAAAUAUGGGAAAAACAUUAUGGAGAUGGAUAUUCCACAGUUCAUGGAGUUAUUUAAAGAAAGAGCUACAGCUCCCUUCUUUGUAUUCCAAGUGUUUUGUGUUGGUUUAUGGUGUCUAGAUGAAUACUGGUACUACAGCAUUUUCACACUGUUCAUGUUGGUGGCAUUUGAGGCUACCCUUGUGCAGCAGCAACUGAGAAACAUGGCAGAGAUUAGAAAAAUGGGAAAUAAACCUUACUUGAUACAGGUCUACAGGAAUAGAAAAUGGAGGCCAAUAUUCAGCAACGAAUUGAUUCCAGGUGACUUGGUGUCCAUUGGUCGAUCUCAGGAGGACAGACUUGUGCCUUGCGACUUGUUGCUGCUCAGAGGCCCGUGUAUUGUGGAUGAAUCUAUGUUGACAGGGGAAUCAGUGCCUGUUAUGAAGGAGGCACUGGAGAAUUUAGACAGUCAUCAUGUUCUAGAUAUAGAAACUGAUGGAAAACUACAUGUGUUGUAUGGAGGGACCAAAGUUGUUCAACACACACCACCCAGUAAAACUGGACCCGGAAUGAAGACUACAGACAAUGGAUGUGUGGCGUAUGUCUUGAGACAUAGCUUUGGAACAUCACAAGGCAAGCUGUUGAAGACAAUUCUGUUUGGAGUAAAGAGGGUGACAGCCAAUAACCUGGAGACCUUUGGUUUUAUCCUCUUCCUCCUUGUGUUUGCAGUCACUGCAGCAUCUUAUGUGUGGAUUGAGGGGACAAAGGACCCCAAGAGGAACCGCUACAAGCUGUUUCUGGAGUGUACACUGAUUCUGACCUCAGUGGUACCCCCAGAGCUCCCGAUAGAACUCUCCCUGGCUGUCAACACCAGUCUGCUGGCUCUCACCAAACUCUAUGUAUACUGCACAGAGCCUUUCAGAAUACCAUUUGCUGGAAAGGUGGACAUUUGCUGCUUUGAUAAGACAGGGACACUGACAGCUGAUGAUUUAGUGGUGGAGGGCAUCACAGGGCUCAAUGGGAAGCAAAUGAUAACAGCAGCUGAAGCACCAUUAGAAACUGUGCAUGUCCUUGCCACAUGUCACGCUCUGGUUCAUCUGGAGGAUGACUUGGUGGGGGAUCCCCUAGAGAAGGCGACACUGAAAGCAGUGGAGUGGAACCUCACUAAAGGAGAGUCGGUUGUUCCCCAGAAGAAGAAGACGCAUGGUCUGAAGAUUUAUCACCGCUUUCAUUUUGCAAGUGCUCUAAAGAGAAUGUCAGUGAUUGCUGGACACACAGCCCCUGGUUCUUUGGAAACGGAAUACAUAGCCACAGUAAAAGGAGCCCCGGAGACCCUGAAGCCAAUGUUUAAGGAAAUGCCUGCUGAUUAUGAUGAUGUAUACAUGGAGAUGUCUAGACGAGGAGCAAGAGUUCUUGCCCUUGGAUGUAAAUCGUUAGGAAGUCUAUCCCAUCAACAGGUGAGAGAAAUGGCACGUGAUGAAGUGGAGAAGGACCUACAGUUCUGUGGCUUUGUCAUCAUCUCCUGUCCCCUGAAGUCCGACUCCAAGGCUGUCAUCAAGGAAAUCAGUCAGGCUUCUCACCAUGUUGUAAUGAUCACUGGAGACAACCCGCUCACAGCCUGUCAUGUGGCCAAGGAACUCAAAAUGACCAGGAAAGAAAUGUUGAUUCUAGAAAAACCCAAUUCUUUAGAUGGCUCCUGGCACUGGCAGUCUAUAGAUGACAAAAUAAUUCUCCCUUUGAAACCUGAGACCCUGAGAGCCAAGGUCCUCCCCAAAUACGAUCUCUGUCUCACAGGGGAUGCAAUAUCCUAUCUGCAGACGCAAGAUAAGAAAUGUAUGAAGUCUGUACUCCCUGCUGCCAGAGUGUUUGCUCGUGUGUCACCUAAACAAAAGGAAUUUGUGAUAAUCACCCUGAAGGGUUUGGGAUUUACCACAUUGAUGUGCGGAGAUGGAACCAAUGAUGUAGGAGCGCUGAAACAUGCUCAUGUUGGUGUUGCUUUGCUUGCUAAUGCACCAGAGAGGCCAAUUGAGAGGAGGAGAAAGAGGGAGAAGCAAGAUGAGGGAACUUCAGUGGAUGGUGAAGCAUCUGGUCCCAGUGACAGAGGAAUGCCCCCUGGUAUGAAAACUACUGGUAAAUUAUCGGGACGUGCUGCUAAAGCAAGAGCAGUGGCAAGAGGAGACAACUUAGCUCCGGCACAGAAAAAGUUAGCCAAUAUGAUGAGGGAAAUAGAAGAAGAGGAGAAGGCCCAGAUUGUGAAGCUUGGAGAUGCCAGCAUAGCCUCUCCCUUCACCUCCAAGCUUUCCACUACCAUGUGUGUGUGCCAUAUAAUCAAGCAGGGUAGAUGUACCUUGGUGACCACCCUACAGAUGUUCAAGAUCCUGGCGCUGAACGCCCUGAUCCUAGCGUAUAGUCAGAGCGUCUUGUACCUGGACGGCAUCAAGUUCAGUGACAGUCAGGCCACCAUGCAGGGUCUGCUGCUGGCCGGCUGUUUCCUCUUCAUAUCUAGGUCAAAGCCUUUGAAAACCUUGUCCAAGGCGAGACCUCUACCCAACAUCUUUAACAUAUACACAUUAUUGACAGUGUCUCUACAAUUCACUGUCCACUUCUGUUGUCUAGUCUAUUUAGUGCAGGGUGCCAAGGCCAUUACUCCUCCUAGGGAGGACGAAUUUGUAGAUUUAGAGGCAAAAUUUUCCCCAAAUAUACUAAACACAACUGUGUACAUUAUUUCAAUGGCUCUUCAAGUUUCCACUUUUGCUGUGAACUACAAGGGUGAGCCAUUCAUGGAGAGUUUGUUCAAUAACAAACCUCUGCUGUAUAGUCUCGCUUUCUCCUGUACUGCUAUCACGGCACUAGCUAGUGGAGUAGUCCCAGAUAUAGCAGAUCAAUUCGAAAUAGUUCCAUUACCAACAGAGUUCCGUAAUACAGUGCUACAGAUUCUAGCAGCAGAUAUAGGUGGAUCAUUCAUCAUUGACAGAGUGUGUUCUUACUUAUUUGGGCGAGGAAGUUUACGACGUGUAUAAUGUUAUUUAUUGAAUUACAAUUAAAUGUCGGAUGUUGUUAAUGGGUGAAAAUAGGGCGUCAUGUUCUCUUUUAAUUUAGUCCAUCAUUCCAAUGUAUUACACACUACAUGGUUAAGCAGACUAAUGUCACCUCACCUUCAUUCAAAUAGUUAUUGGAGCCCUUUUGUUGCAAUUUUCUUGAUAUUUUAGAUAUUAUGCAGUGUAUGAUUGUUAAGGAUACAGAUCGAAUGUAUGGUGAUUGUUGUAGACAAAGUAAAAAUGAAGACGUA